CUGCAUUAGAGCCUUUGGACUACGUUUCCCAGGAGCCGAAGGGAGCGCCCACAGCGUGGGGGCGGUGCCUCCUGUCUGGUACAGUCAUCCCUAACCUGUUCCGCGGGAUUGUGAUGGCCGGGGAGAUGACAAUCUUAGGAUCAGCUGUUUUGACUCUCCUGUUGGCUGGCUAUUUGGCACAACAAUAUUUACCACUGCCUACUCCAAAAGUAAUUGGCAUUGACCUGGGAACCACUUAUUGUUCUGUUGGGGUGUUUUUUCCUGGGACAGGAAAAGUAAAGGUGAUUCCAGAUGAAAAUGGGCAUAUCAGCAUACCCAGCAUGGUGUCUUUUACUGAUGGCGAUGUGUAUGUGGGAUAUGAAAGCCUAGAGUUGGCUGAUUCAAAUCCACAAAACACGAUAUAUGAUGCCAAAAGAUUCAUAGGUAAGAUUUUCACCCCAGAAGAGCUGGAGGCUGAAAUUGGCAGAUACCCAUUUAAGGUUUUACACAAAAAUGGAAUGGCUGAGUUUUCUGUGACCAGUAAUGAAACUAUGACCGUUUCUCCAGAAUAUGUUGGCUCUCGAUUGUUGCUGAAGUUAAAGGAAAUGGCAGAAGAAUAUCUUGGAAUGCCAGUUGCCAAUGCUGUCAUUUCUGUACCAGCGGAAUUUGACCUACAACAAAGAAAUUCAACAAUUCAAGCUGCCAGCCUUGCCGGACUGAAGAUCUUGAGAGUAAUUAAUGAACCUACAGCAGCAGCUAUGGCCUAUGGUCUCCACAAAGUUGACGUCUUCUAUGUGCUGGUUAUAGACUUGGGUGGAGGAACUCUUGAUGUGUCAUUACUGAAUAAACAAGGAGGAAUGUUUCUAACACGAGCAAUGUCUGGAAACAAUAAACUUGGAGGACAAGACUUCAAUCAGAGAUUGCUUCAGUAUUUAUACAAGCAGAUCUAUCAAACAUAUGGCUUUCUCCCCUCCAGGAAGGAGGAAAUCCACAGAUUAAGGCAAGCUGUGGAAAUGGUUAAAUUAAAUCUGACACUUCAUCAGUCUGCUCAGAUAGCAGUAUUACUCACAGUAGAAAAGGACAGCAAGAGACCUCAGAAUGGUGACUCUAAAGUAUCAAAAGACCGACUCAUCCCCACAGAGAGCCACCAUGCAAAUCAAGUGCUUGAGCCUGGCCUUUCUGAAAAUAAAAAUGAAAAAAGUCAAGUUUUAUUUGAGUCAGAAAUAUCCCGGGAGCUCUUUGAUAACCUUAAUGAAGAUCUCUUUCAGAAGAUACUCGUCCCCAUUCAGCAGGUAUUAAAAGAAGGCCACCUAGACAAGACUGAAAUAGAUGAAGUGGUUCUAGUUGGGGGCUCAACUCGCAUUCCACGCAUCCGCCAAGUCAUUCAAGAGUUCUUCGGAAAGGAUCCCAACACAUCUAUAGACCCUGACCUGGCAGUGGUGACGGGAGUGGCCAUUCAAGCAGGGAUUGAUGGAGGCUCUUGGCCUCUCCAAGUCAGUGCUUUAGAAAUUCCCAAUAAGCAUUUACAAAAAACCAACUUCAACUGAGCUCUGAAGGAAUGCUAGUAAUUGUAAUCUCUUCUGAUUCUGAUGGUUUCUGUUGUCAAACCACCUCCUGAAAAGAAAGUAUCUCACAGAUUGACCCAGAGAACAUUUCCAUACAAAGAAUUUUACAUAGUAUUUAUUUUAGAAUUGAAUAUGACCAGAUCUAUCCUGUUUGGUUUUGGAGAAGUUUCAUGGGGAUUCUAAAAUUAUAGAGUUGAGGUAAAACUCAUCUCUGGAUUCUGGAAGUAGACAACCAUUUGCACUUAAUAUUCUGAAAACAAUAAACAGUGCCAAUUAUAAGGUUCCCAGGUCUUACUGAAUUGUGUUAGUAGGAGCUGAGAAUUCCUUACUUGGUUUCACACAUGACUAUUAAUUUGAUGUAUACUUGAAGGACUGGGUUGAUGUCAGGUAUUUACUUUGAUUGGGAACUAGCAGUAUUUUGAAACUGCACAGAUAGUAUUCAUUAGCUUCCAUGUAGAAAAUUUCUUUCAAGAAUUCAAUAUCCUCAUAUGUUAUAUUCUCAUAAUCUACAGAUUUUACUAUAUUUGAAAGAACAGAUUUUCUUCCUAAAAUUAGUUAUUCAGAUUUUUUUUUAUGCCAGAUAAUAGAAAGGCCCUCUUUGUGUUGUAGUGUCUUCAUCCGCAGUGCAGCAUUCUCCAUGUCUUUUCACAAUUCUUUUUGGUACGAAAUCAAUAGGGAAUUAUUAAUUGCUCUUUUGAAAUGUAUUAAUGCCUCAAUAAAGCCUCAUUCCUCUCGUGUUUGUUAUCUAAGACCUUUGCACAGAUCAAGCAUUAGUAGAAAUUUCUUGUUUGGGUUUUUGUUUUGUUCGUUUCUUUUUCUCACAGAGCAAAGCCUGGAAGUGCUGGCAUGUAACCUAGCUACUCUGGAAGAUGAGGCAGGAGGGUCACAAGUUCAAGACCUGCUUGGGCUACAGACUACAUUCCAGGCCAGCCUACACAGCUUAGUGACACCCUGCCUCUGUCUCAAAAUAAGAAACUAAAAGAGGAAAAAACAAAACAACAGCCACAGGGACCAAUAAAGAAAAUGCUGUAGUUUGAUUUCAGGGAUGACCAUGUUAUUGGAUGAUAUGUGUGGUUUUACAUAAAUGGCGGCAUGCUUCACCUUAAAUUGCAAAAAUUAUGUUCCGGCUGUUUUGUUAAUACAAAAUCCCUCUGUAUCCAGCAUUGGAUUUAAAAGAUUGUUAAAAUUCAACUAACUAAAGAGAACUAAGCAAAAUUCAGCAAGACUAAAUUUCAGCUUCUCAAGGAAUAAUGUUCAGUGAUGUUAACAUUCUUUGCAGAUCUGUAAAAUGUUGCUCAGCAGUGAAAUUUUUGAAAAAAAAAUUUCAGUCAGAUAUUUUUAUGUACAAAAAAUGUGUAUACUAGGUAGAUAGAAACAUGUGAAAUGCUGUGUUUUAUUUUAGAACUAAUAGAGAAAUGCCAAAGAUGAGUCCUUUCCACCAUUAUGGAAAUAUUCAGAUGUUCUCUUGGACUUUGUAUGACUCUUUAAUGAAUUUAAGAAUUGAAAAAUACCUUUGAAGACAUAUUUGAGAUGAAAGUAUUCAAUUUAUCUUACAAUUUCCAUAUAUAGUAAUAUAGUAUCAAUUAUCAUCUAAAACAUUUGCAAUCAUAAAAAAACUUGAAUUUCUCAGAUAUUUGAUAGGACUCAAGACACAGAAACAAUUUGCAAAACAGAGCAGCUAAAUCAUACUAAAAUUGGAGUUUAAAGAAUGUGUGUAGCUAACUAGAAUGGCAGGAGUCAGGGCGUUUAACAUAUUCUUCUCUAGACUCGUUACAUUUAAAAAAAUGAAGGAAUCUGGCUUCAGUCAUAGAUUAGGAAGUCAUAUACACCUAUUCUUCACAUGAAUGUAGUUUAUUUAAAAGAUCUAAAACAUCCCUGAAAAGGGCCAUUUAUGAGGAACAAUCUUUAUGAGGAAAAAUCCUUUUUCUGAAAAUGAGCUUUUUAGUGUUUUUGAAGUAUGUAACUUUAAAACUAAGUGUCUUGUAUAAUUAGAAUAUGUGAAUGAGUAAUUUAUUUUGUAUCAGGAAUGUUUUGGUACUGUGUUUUCAUUCAAACCACUGAAUUAUCAACAGAUCCUGCUGUGUAUAAUAUGUACUCUUAUGACAUUAUUGUACAGAACAGAUUGUGCCUCUCAAAUCUGUAUGUAUACAAGUAAUUCAUAUUUUACUGUAAGGACAUGCCAUUUUUCAGUUUGGUUUUUUUUAAACUGUAUACUUUAUUUUCUAUCCAUGACUUGGGUGGAGUCUAUUUUUAAUGUAUGUAAAUACAAAAGAGAAUGAAGCUGAUUUGAUGCUUAUGGACUUCAGUCAGUAGCAGUGGCCUAAUUCCAGAAGUAUGCAUUUUCCUGCAUCCCAAAUGUCUUCUGGGAUUUCUGCCAUAUUUUCUGACAUUUUUAAUUUGGAAGAGACAGUUCCAGCAUCACAUGAGCAGUUUCUUCAGAACUCAUGAUAACAAUUCAUGGCUUCUGACUAGUGGGGUCAAGCUCUAACUUGAUCCAUGUAGUUAAAUGAACUUGUGUAACACAACUCCAAUCCUUUGGUUGAUAGUUAAUUCUUUACAAUUUUUAAAUAAAGUUUGUGUUAUUCUUUUGGACAAAAA